AUGGCCAAUGCCUCCACAGACCUGGACAACGCGGAGGCCCAGCGCCAGCUCAACAACAACAACACCCGUCUGGCCGGCAGCUCGGGACACUGGGAAACCGAGGUGACCAGCUCCAAACUGUUUGAGUGUUCCCGCAUCAAGGCCUUGGCAGGUGGGUGGAUAGAGAGACUAGACCAUACUGGACUUGAGGAGCAAGAGCACCUUCACCUGUCUCAGUCACAGCUCCAUCACUCACAAAACACACAAGCUUCAUAGACCCCCCCAGUAUACCUGAUGGAGGUUUACAUUUGUGGAAGGACUUGAUUCAUGAUCUAUCAUACAGGGGGCUACUGACAAGGAGGUAUGGUUGAUAUAUCAGAGCCAGUGUUGUAUUACUUGAGUCCAGGACCAGUGGUGACUCGGACUGGACCAGUAGUGACUGGGGACAUGACUCAGAUAUGAGGUUUAGUAACUACAUCACUGAUCAGAGCUCUAUCCUGAUGAACUAAAGAAGUAGGAUCUUAAUUUGAUCACUCUUUUGUUGCUGAGAAUUUUCCUGCACAGCAGGAAACGCAAACUUGUAGUAUAUUCAAGGUUAAAAAAGGAUUCUAAAGUUUGUAAUUUCUACUUUCAAAUGUCAGACUUGAUUUGCCCUAACAUAAAAUGGAUCAACACCACACAAAAAUGUCCAUAAAAUUCCACAUGAUAAUUCACAUUUCCUGUUGCUGCAGGUUUAUUUUCCUGCUGUAGCAAACUGGCUCAAAUUAAGAUCCUACGUCUGUAAGCCUUGUGUGUAUCUAAUUUCUCCUGCAGAAGAGAGAGAUGCUGUCCAAAAGAAGACCUUCACUAAGUGGGUGAACUCCCACCUGGCCAGAGUGUCCUGUCGGAUCGCUGACCUCUACAACGACCUCCGAGACGGCUACAUGCUCACCAGGCUGCUGGAGGUGCUGUCUGGGGAGAUGCUGGUUGGUCAACCCAUUCUCUGGUUCACAACCUCAGUCAACCUUUAAGUCAGUAGAUGCUAGGAGAACAAACACAAACUAUUCAACAAAGAGCUCUGCAUUGUAGUUAUUUUUGUUCCAAAUAUUAUUAAGUCAUGUCUAAAUGUUUCAUGAAUGUUGUCAGCACUGCAGCUAUAUGUUAUGUGUAAUUGUAUGAGAAUAGGAGUCAGCAUAAUGUGGUUUGACAAUUGGAUGGGAACAGCAUUUGCGUUCUUUGCCAUUGUGUUUUUAAUGAGAAAAAUAUUGUCUUACUAUAAAGGCAUUGAGAUCAAAGCCAGUAUUUCCCAUGCAGAUUGCUGUGACCAAUCAAGCAUUACUCCUCUCACAAUUCCACUGUUGUUCCCUCUCUCAUUCCCUCCUUACCUCACUGUCCUCUCACCCUUCUCUCCCUCCCUCCUCCCCUCCCCCAUCCCUCCCUCCCCUAGCCGAGGCCCACGCGGGGUCGCAUGCGGAUCCAUUGCCUGGAGAACGUGGACAAGGCCCUGCAGUUCCUCAAGGAGCAGAGAGUCCACCUGGAGAACGUCGGCUCUCAUGACAUCGUCGACGGCAACCACCGCCUCACCCUUGGCCUCAUCUGGACCAUCAUCCUUCGCUUCCAGGUAGUGACCUAGCCCACACGUCCUGGUGCCUGGUGUUGUCUGUCUCUGUGGUUUCUGUUGUGGUUGUAUUUUGGAUGUACAUUUUUUUAUUUCGUCAUGCAGCCAACUCCUGUGGGGCCGUUCCUGUACCCUGUUGGGAUUGUCCUUAAGACCUGCUGCUAGCUUAACCUCUGCUGAGGUAUUUUGGGCAUCCAGUUCCUGCAGGCCUGUGUGUGGUUCAUGUUGAGGACUGUAUGUUUUAGUGCUGUGUAGCUCUAUUCUUUCUUUGUCCCUGUGGGGUACUUUUGAACUCAGUCAGCAUGUGGAUGAUGAACCUUAUGUGGGUGUGCACCAUUGUUUCUACAAACUCCUGUUUCUGACUGGUGCAUGUUCUACGAUAUGACAUAAUAGACAAUCUGCCCAAAGAGUCAGGAAGAGUCUGGUGGACCAACGUGUUAAACAUGGCCUUCUUUAGCCAAUACAGAAUGACCGGCGUAUAGGCAUUAGCGUAAUCUCCCACAAAGUACUUUACUCAGUAGGUCACUCACAUAUAAUUCUAUGGGCACUCCCACUAAGGCAGUGGUCCACAAACUUUAUUUGGCCUGUGACCCCAUUUUGAUAUUUCAAAAAAUGUGCGACCCCACCAUGUACAAAAAGGGAUGUAAUCAACAGCCAAUGUUUACUUUUUUAACUGGGGCUAUGACAGUCUAUUACAAAUCAGUCACAACAGGCAUGCUGGUUUCAGCACUGUCUUAAUUUAGGAGAGAAAGGGCAUAAAUCAGAAUGAUUUAUAGACUGGCCAAAAGACUGUAUGGAGAAGCCCUGAAACAUGCCGCGUCAUCACUGUGUGACGUUACUAGCAAAGCUUGAAUAUCACUCUGGUCCUGAUCGUAGUUGGAUCUCAAACAGGGACGUACUGUCUGACAUCUGCCUCAGAGACAUACUGUACACAUACAAUGGGCACAAGGCCUUACAGGACGCGAUACCACAGACAAGUGACAGUCAUGUAAGUAGCACAAAAUCGUUUGGCUUUUGUUGUCGCUUCAGGACAGUGGUGGUCUCAGCAUAAACGCAUGUCUUGCAUUAUUCAAAUCAGCGUUACUCUGUAAAUAUGAUUCAGGGACAUAGGCUAGUGGUGCCUAGGGUCUCAGGAGGAGAGGCUAACAUGGCAUAGCUUAUCGUUCUGCCUUCUAACAGUGAUUACGGGUUAGCUGGGGCACUUUUGGCCGGCAUCCCAUUCUACUGCACUGACUGUGGAGCCAGCGAGUCGAUGGCCUCUUCAAUUUUGCAUGCAGUGAAAGAGGAGCGCGUUAUUGGAAACUGAUUUGUGCUGUAGGGAGCAAGGGGUGUUGCUCUGGGCGGGGCAAGAUGCAGUCAGCGCCAAUCCUCCUCCCACACCUUCCCUCCUUCUCACUCUGCCACUCCUCCUUCCUUCUCUGUCACCGAUUCUGCAACCGUUUGUGGUUGUCUCAUCACUCUCUCGUCACACUCCUCUUUUAGUUUACUACGUCUCUCCUCCCUUUCUGUCUCUCUCUCUCUUUCUUUCUCUCUAUUCCUUUCUCUCUCCCUCUCUUCCACCUCUCCCCUACCCUUGGACUGUUUCAGUUUACUUUGCCCAGUCAGCAGGUAAGGCCUAGCCACUGCAGCAGGCAGCAGACACAGCGAGAGAAAGGGGGGAAAAGAGGCCUCCAGGAGGUAAAUGAUCUCCAGGAGCCGAUUUGAAGGCUCUAAUAAACACUUGAUACCUUCAUUAUGUUUAGUAACUUAACUAUUCCAUUCUAGUUGCUUCGCUCAGUGUCGUUGUGUUUGUGCUACCUAAUUGUGACCUGCGUGGUGUAUGCCUCUCUGUCACUGUCAGACAGUUUGUUUCUCUCAGGGAUCUUGUUUGUUGUUGGAUGAUAUGCACUGCGAGCAAGGGUAUUUCAAAUCUGCCUGAUCUGAAAUAUGAGCAGGUAAGGUACAUUUUAGAGAUGGAAUGUCAUCAUUGGCUCUUGUGAAAAGUCAGUUUGGUUCUGGGCAGCAGUUCAUUUGAACUAUAGUUGUUCAGUUUAACAUACCGGUAGUGUUAUCCUAUCAUAAUUUAAUCACAAAUAACCGUUCCUUGUAGGUGGAGACUAAACCGUGUAUACAUGCAGUAUAGUCCUAUAAACCUGCAGUUGCUUUCCAGUGUGAGUGAGCGUGUAUGUGAGUGGAUGAAGUGCGAUUGGUUGAAAUGGGUGAUCUAGCAGAUUCUAGGGUGUCAACCCCCCCAUUAACAUGUGUCAUGUCAGGGUGACAUGAUUGGGCCAAUGGCUGUCAUAGAUGAUGAGGGCGCACAGUGAUGUUGUCAUGAUUCUGUGGCCUUCCUCCCAACAUGACAGGCACUGUGUGUGAGUUAGUGAUGAGACAUGCAAUGCAGUUGUGUGACUAUUGGGGUGUAUUCAUUACGUCUUGCAACGGAAACCGCUUACCAUUUAAGAACCAAACGGAAGCAAACAGAGCAAAUGGAAUGAAAUGGGGAGGGACUACCUGAAUUUGUCCAAUAGAAACUCUUGUUUUCCGUUUAGAGUGAACGGUUUCUGUUGCAAAACAUUUUGAAACAGACUAAACUGUUUGCAACAGAAUUGGCGUAAUGAAUACACUCCUGGUGUGGCUGUUGAAAGGCACUGGGUUUUGGGUUCAGAAUGUUUGAAACUGACCAGCAAUAUGGGUGUGUUUCCUAACUGUUUUCUUCUCAACCUCAUAGUAAUCUGGUGAUCUUACUGAACUGAGGACAGUUUUGAGGCUGGUUCCUUGACCGUGGUUGUUGGUCGUCUGCUCUCCUUCCCUGUACAUACAGAUCCAGGGGAUUAAGAUUGAGUGUGACGACAACAGGGAGACGCGGUCGGCAAAGGAUGCCCUGCUACUCUGGUGCCAGAUGAAAACCGCUGGGUGAGUGUCUUAAUUUAACCAAAAGCCAAAAUUGAACAGUUUCCACUUUCUAUACAUGUCUUUAAGGAUGUUGAGUUGUUUUACUUCCAUUGUUACAUGCAAUGUCUUUAGUUAGAUAGCAUAUACAGUACCAGUCAAAAGUUUGGACACACCUACUCAUUCAAGGGUUUUUCUUUAGUUUUACUCUUUUCUACAUUGUAGAAUAAUAGUGAAGACAUCAAAACUAUGAAAUAACACAUAUGGAAACAUGUAGUAACCAAAAAAGUGUUAAUCAAAUCAAAAUAUAUUUUAUAUUUGAGACUCUUCAAAGUAGCCACCCUUUGCCUUGAUGACAGCUUUGCACACGCUUGGCAUUCUCUCAACCAGCUUCAUGAGGUAGUCACCUGGAAUGCAUUUCAAUUAAAAGGUGUGCCUUGUUAAAAGUUAAUUUGUGGAAUUUCUUUCCUCCUUAAUGCGUAUGAGCCAAUCAGUUGUGUUGUGGCAAGGUAGGGGUGGUAUACAGAAGAUAGCCCUAUUUGGUAAAAUACCAAGUCCAUAUUAUGGCAAGAACAGCUCAAAUUAGCAAAGAGAAAUGACAGUCCAUCAUUACUUUAAGACAUGAAGGUCAGUCAAUCCAGAAAAUGUCAACAACUUUGAAAGUUUCUUCAAGUGCAGUCGUAAAAACCAUCAAGCGCUAUGAUGAAACUGGCACUCAUGAGGACCGCCACAGGAAAGGAAGACCAAGAGUUACCUCUGCUGCAGAGGAUAAGUUCAUUAAUGUUAACAGCACCUCAGAUUGCAGCCCAAAUAAAUGCUUCACAGAGUUCAAGUAACAGACACAUCUCAACAUCAACUGUUCAGAGGAGACUGUGUGAAUCAGGACUUCAUGGUUGAAUUGCUGCAAAGAAAUAAGAAGAGACAUGCUUGGGCCAAGAAACAUAAGCAAUGGACAUUAGACCGGUGGAAAUGUGUCCUUUGGUCUGGAGUCCAAAUUGGAGAUUUUUGGUUUGUGUCUUUGUGAGACGCAGAGUAGGUGAACGGAUGAUCUCUGCAUGUGUGGUUCCCACCGUGAAGCAUGGAGGAGGUGUGAUGGUGUGGGGGUGCUUUGCUGGCUUUGCUGGUGACACUGUCUGUGAAUUAUUUAGAAUUCAAGGCACACUUAACCAGCAUGGCUACCACAGCAUUCUGCAGCGAUACGCCGUUCCAUCUGGUUUGCGCUUAGUGGGACUAUAGUUUGUUUUUCAACAGGACAAUGACCCAAAACACACCUCCAGGCUGUGUAAGGGCUUUUUGACCAAGGAGAGUGAUAGAGGGCUGCAUCAGAUAACCUGGCCUCCACAAUCCCCUGACCUCAACCCAAUUGAGAUGGUUUGGGAUGAGUUGGACUGCAGAGUGAAGGAAUAGCAGCCAACAAGUGCUCAGCAUAUGUGGGAACUCCUUCAAGACUGUUGGAAAAGCAUUCCUCAUGAAGCUGGUUGAGAGAAUGCCAAGAGUGUGCAAAGCUGUCAUCAAAGCAAAGGGUGGCUACUUCAAGGCAAAGGGUGGCUACUUUGAAGAAUCUAAAAUUUAAAAUAUAUUUUGAUUUGCUUAACCCUUUUUUGGUUACUGCAUGAUUCCAUAUAGGUUAUGUCAUAGUUUUGAUGUCUUCACUAUUAUUCUACAAUGUAGAAAAUAGUAAAAAUAAAGAAAAUACUUUGAAUGAGUAGGUGUGUCCAAACUUCUGACUGGUACUGUAUGUAUUGGAACAAUGGUUGUGAGUGUGUUCUGUGUCAACUGUCCCACAGGUACUCUGAGGUCAACAUCCAGAACUUCACCACAUGCUGGAGAGAUGGUCUCGCCUUCAACGCUCUCAUUCACCGACACAGGUCAGCAUUGGCUAAACAAGCAAGUCUUGUUUUAAAAGAUGUAUUUAUGUGACCAUGUAGAAAGUGAACUAAGUGACCAUACUUUACUACAGGCCUGAUUUGAUUGAAUUCCAUAAGCUGAUCCGGUCCAAUGCCACACACAACCUCCAGCAAGCCUUCAACAUUGCUGAGCAGAACCUGGGGCUCACCAAACUCCUGGACCCUGAAGGUAAGACUGCACAAAGAAUUGAAAUAGCAGCUAGACAACCUCCUCAACAAUUCAUGGACAUUUGGUAACAUAUAUCUCAAACAUGCAAACCAUCACAGACUUUCAGCUACAGUGACCAUAGUUGAUAUUUUACACUACUAAAAUGAUUUCAUGUGAAGGUGUGAUUAUGUUAUAUAGUGUAUGUGUGAUGUCAAUGUCUAUGUAUUGUUGUCCCUCCUGUGUGACUCUGCAGACGUGAAUACGGAGAACCCAGAUGAGAAGUCGAUAAUAACCUAUGUUGUGUCCUACUACCAUUACUUCUCCAAGAUGAAAGCCCUUCGAGUAGAGGGCAAGAGAGUGGGAAAGGUAUGAGAAUGCUGACACACACUAUUUAACCCUGGAUCCUGCUGUACAUGGUAAAACAGUUGUCAUUGGAACCUGUGUAAAUAUAUUAUACAGUAUACAGUGAUAUACAGUAUAUAUACAGUGAUAUCAAAUCAAAUCAAAUCAAAUUUUAUUGGUCACAUGCGCCGAAUACAACAGGUGCAGACAUUACAGUGAAAUGCUUACUUACAGCCCUUAACCAACAGUGCAUUUAUUUUAAACAAAAAAAGUAAGAAUAAAACAACAACAAAAAAAGUGUUGAGAAAAAAAGAGCAGAAGUAAAAAUAAAGUGACAGUAGGGAGGCUAUAUAUACAAUAGAAUAAAGUGACAGUAGGGAGGCUAUAUAUACAGGGGGGGUACCGUUGCAUAGUCAAUGUGCGGGGGCACCGGCUAGUUGAGGUAGUUGAGGUAAUAUGUACAUGUGGGUAGAGUUAAAGUGACUAUGCAUAAAUACUUAACAGAGUAGCAGCAGCGUAAAAAGUAUGGGGUGGGGGGGGCAGUGCAAAUAGUCCGGGUAGCCAUGAUUAGCUGUUCAGGAGUCUUAUGGCUUGGGGGUAAAAGCUGUUGAGAAGUCUUUUGGACCUAGACUUGGCACUCCGGUACCGCUUGCCGUGCGGUAGCAGAGAGAACAGUCUAUGACUAGGGUGACUGGAGUCUUUGACAAUUUUGAGGGCCUUCCUCUGACACCGCCUGGUAUAGAGGUCCUGGAUGGCAGGGAGCUUUGCCCCUGUGAUGUACUGGGCCGUACGCACUACCCUCUGUAGUGCCUUGCGGUCAGAGGCCAAGCAGUUGCCAUACCAGGCGGUGAUGCAACCAGUCAGGAUGCUCUCGAUGGUGCAGCUGUAGAAUUUUUUGAGGAUCUGAGGACCCAUGCCAAAUCUUUUUAGUCUCCUGAGGGGGAAUAGGCUUUGUCGUGCCCUCUUCACGACUGUCUUGGUGUGUUUGGACCAUGAUAGUUCGUUGGUGAUGUGGACACCAAGGAACUUGAAGCUCUCAACCUGUUCCACUACAGCCCCGUCGAUGAGAAUGGGGGCGUGCUCAGUCCUCUUUUUUUUCCUGUAGUCCACAAUCAUCUCCUUUGUCUUGGUCACGUUGAGGGAGAGGUUGUUGUCCUGGCACCACACGGCCAGAUCUCUGACCUCCUCCCUAUAGGCUGUCUCAUCGUUGUCGGUGAUCAGGCCUACCACUGUUGUGUCGUCGGCAAACUUAAUGAUGGUGUUGGAGUCGUGCCUGGCCAUGCAGUCAUGGGUGAACAGAGAGUACAGGAGGGGACUGAGCACGCACCCCUGAGGGGCCCCCGUGUUGAGGAUCAGUGUGGCAGAUGUGUUGUUACCUACCCUUACCACCUGGGGGCGGCCCGUCAGGAAGUCCAGGAUCCAGUUGCAGAGGGAGGUGUUUAGUCCCAGGAUCCUUAGCUUAGUGAUGAGCUUUGAGGGCACUAUGGUGUUGAAUGCUGAGCUGUAGUCAAUGAAUAGCAUUCUCACGUAGGUGUUCCUCUUGUCCAGGUGGGAAAGGGCAGUGUGGAGUGCGAUAGAGAUUGCAUCAUCUGUGGAUCUGUUGGGGCGGUAUGCAAAUUGGAGUGGGUCUAGGGUUUCUGGGAUUAUGCUGUUGAUGUGAGCCAUGACCAGUCUUUCAAAGCACUUCAUGGCUACAGACGUCAGUGCCACGGGUCGGUAGUCAUUUAGGCAGGUUAUCUUAGAGUUCUUGGGCACGGGGACUAUGGUGGUCUGCUUGAAACAUGUUGGUAUUACAGACUCAGUCAGGGACAUGUUGAAAAUGUCAGUGAAGACACUUGCCAGUUGGUCAGCACAUGCUCGGAGUACACGUCCUGGUAAUCCGUCUGGCCCUGCGGCCUUGUGAAUGUUGACCUGCUUAAAAGUCUUACUCACAUCGGCUACGGAGAGCGUGAUCACAUAGUCGUCCGGAACAGCUGGUGCUCUCAUGCAUGCUUCAGUGUUGCUUGCCUCGAAGCGAGCAUAGAAGUGGUUUAGCUCGUCUGGUAGGCUUGUGUCACUGGGCAGCUCGCGGCUGUGCUUCCCUUUGUAGUCUGUAAUAGUUUUCAAGCCCUGCCACAUCCGACGAGCGUCAGAGCCAGUGUAGUAUGAUUCAAUCUUAGACCUGUAUUGACUCUUUGCCUGUUUGAUGGUUCGUCGGAGGUCAUAGCGGGAUUUCUUAUAAGCGUCCGGGUUAGAGUCCCGUUCCUUGAAAGCGGCAGCUCUACCCUUUAGCUCAGUGCGGAUGUUUCCUGUAAUCCAUGGCUUCUGGUUUGGGUAUGUACGUACGGUCACUGUGGGGACGACAUCAUCGAUGCACUUAUUGAUGAAGCCAGUGACUGAUGUGGUGUACUCCUCAAUGCUGUCUGAAGAAUCCCGGAACAUGUUCCAGUCUGUGCUAGCAAAACAGUCCUGUAGCUUAGCAUCUGCGUCAUCUGACCACUUUUUUAUUAGCCGAAUCACUGGUGCUUCCUGCUUCAGUUUUUGCUUAUAAGCAGGAAUCAGGAGGAUAGAGUUAUGGUCAGAUUUGCCAAAUGGAGGGCGAGGGAGAGCUUUGUAUGCGUCUCUGUGUGUGGAGUAAAGGUGGUCUAGAGUUUUUUCCCCUCUGGUUGCACAUUUAACAUGCUGGUAGAAAUUAGGUAGAACGGAUUUAAGUUUCCCUGCAUUAAAGUCCCCUGCUACUAGGAGCGCUGCAUCUGGAUGAGCGUUUUCCUGUUGAUUAAUGGCCUUGUACAACUCAUUCAGUGCAAUCUUAAUGCCAGCAUUGGUUUGUGGUGGUAAAUAGACAGCUAUGAAAAAUAUAGAUGAAAACUCUCUUGGUAAAUAGUGUGGUCUGCAGCUUAUCAUAAGAUACUCUACCUCAGGCGAGCAAAACCUUGAGACUUCCUUAGUAUUUGAUUUGGUGCACCAGCUGUUGUUUACAAAUAUACAGAGACCGCCACCCCUCGUCUGUACUGUAUGUUAUGAACACAUGAGUAACAUGAGCGAUAUGUAUGUCAUAUGUUUUGCACACGAGUGUAGUUGUGUAGGUCAAAACAAACUGAUAACGAUUCAAUCCAUUAUCAAAUGCUAUUAAACAAAAGUUAUUAAUUAAAUCACUCCUACGUAAUAUCCAUCCAUGCUAAAUGUUUAUGUGUUAUACAGGUCUUGGACAAUGCCAUUGAGGGUCAGAAGAUGAUCGAUCGAUAUGAGGCUCUGGCCUCGGAGCUCCUGGAGUGGAUCGAGAAGACCAUAGCCAUCAUCAGCAACCAGAAGUUUGCCAACUCCUUAACGGGUGUUCAGCAACAGCUUCAAGCCUUCACCACCUACUGCACCAUCGAGAAGCCCAUCAAGUAAGUCAACACUGUGCAAAUGACACAUAAAAGCAUAAAUUAUAUAGCGUCAAUUAUUUUUCUAUCUAAAGUGGUCCCAUUCAUACACCAGAGGGUUUCAAACUUCAAACUUUUGCUUUAUACAAAUAUCACUAAACAAUUUUGGUUGCUUUAGUUUAAGGACAGGAUUUAGGUUGAGUCAAUAGUUUCAUCCUUUUAUAGUUUUAGAUAGUUUUAUAGUUCUUAUAGCUUAUAGUUUUAUGUUAUUUUCUCAGGUGAAUGCCCCCAGACAAAUGCUUUUGAUUUGUCUUAUUCCAAUUUGAUAUGUGGUAUAUACCAUAACUGUUGCAGUAUUCAACUAAAACCACACAUUGAUGGGUGUGGGCACUUUAGUAUCAGCAGGAGUAUCAGCAUGAGGCCCCAAGCUGGUAUGUCUGGCAUAAUUAAGCACCCAGUUAGCCGUGCCAUAUGACUCAUGCCCUAUUUGACCAAAAGGGACUGGAUCUAAGUGAUGUGACACCCAAAUGUGUCUCCAGCCCCUUUCUCUCUGUGGCUAGAGGAUAGACAUCUCCUAUGGUGACUAGUAUCUCUGAGGCCUUACUCGGCUUCUCACCCAGCCUAGUUGCCCUGGUAGCCCUCGAAUGGCCAGAGGUGGUCAGCCAUCAUAUGACUCUGAAAUCUGCUCGGUGAUGACUCAGCGAUGACCACUUAUUAUUUUGAAUUAGGUUACAAUUAGACAGUGUGUGGAGGUAGGCCACAUGUAAUAAUGAAGGCCUUUGAUGUGAAGGUCAAGCCUGCAGGCAAUGUCACAGAGAAUCUAUUGAUGAAUAGGGUAACUUAUAGGGCUGGCACAAUGACUGUAUGAUUGUGUAACCGACGAUUAUGGAUGAAGACCGAAAAUAACCGUCAUAGCCGUUUGUUUUGUGUGGAACAAACAGCUGGCUGAAGACAGGGUGGCCGGGAAUUCGUGCAGGAUUCAAACAAUUAUAACGGUGACCGCGGUCAUUUGGCUGACCAAUAACCAUCAUCAAAAUUCCAUGACCGUCACUACUGUUAUCAAUUCUGAGCAGAUGAUUAUUUUAAGUUACAGGAUCUGGGAUACCUGUGAUUUUAGGUUUCAAAUGGAGCCCACCUUGUGCACAGUACUGUGUCUCAGGAUGUUUGUGAAACACACUUUCUGUCUUGUGCUAGGUUCCAGGAGAAGGGGAACCUGGAGGUGCUCCUCUUUACUAUCCAAAGCAAGCUCAGAGCUAACAACCAGAAACCAUACGUGCCUCAUGAAGGGAAACUCAUCUCUGAUAUCAAUAAGGUAAUAAAUACUGGUAUAAGUGGGAAAAGGAGUGUCUCAAAUACCUGAACAGAUAAUGCAAUAACUGGACAGGUCUUGGCAAAUAUAAAAUCCUUCUCUAUCAGUAUCAGGUUCUUUAAAAUGUAGCAAAUCAGUGAAAAUUACUCCUUUUUAUGUUUGUUAUCAUGCUGCAUUGUGGGUAAAUUUCCCUCUGUUUUUCAUUUGGCUAGGCGUGGGAGAGGCUGGAGAAGGCGGAGCAUGAGAGAGGCGUGGCCCUACGGCAGGAGCUGAUUCGCCAGGAGAAGCUGGAGCUGCUGGCACAGCGGUUUGACCACAAGACCACCAUGAGACAGGCAUGGCUCAAUGAGAACCAGCGCCUCGUGUCUCAGGUAGGGACCACAGGGCCGAAGUGACUAAUGCCUCUAUCAUAUCACACAGGGGCCAUAUCCUGACAGUCUUAUAGCAAUAGUUUUAUAGCUGUGGAUUGAGAAUGAAAUGUCUUUAGAAUGUAUUUUUAGAACCAAUGGCAAAGUAUUGUAUAACAUUAAUUGGUAUAUUAAGAUUUAUUUUCCUAUGACUGCAUUGCCCUGACUGGGUAAACCCUUACACAAUCACCUGCCUGUAGUUAAGUGAACCUCUGCCUGACUGAAUGUCUCGUCCCACCAGGAUAACUUUGGCUACGACCUGCCAGCGGUGGAGGCCGCCAUGAAGAAGCACGAGGCCAUUGAGGCGGACAUCUCGUCGUACGAGGAGCGCAUCGGGGUGGUGGUGGAGCUGGCUGGGGAGAUGGAGACGGAGGGCUACUACGACAUCCGACGCAUCUCGGCCCGCAAGGAGAACAUCCUGGGCCAGUGGAGCCUGCUGAAGGAGCUGGUGGUGGGGAGGAAGGCCCGGCUGGAGAAGAACCUGGCCCUGCAGAAGACCUUCCAGGACAUGGUCUACAUGAUCGACUGGAUGGAGGACAUGCAGGUGAGACAAGUAUUUUGUCAUGCAUUUUACAUUACAUGACCACUAUACUAUCUCUAAGUUGUGUCGACUCAACAGCAUAGACUGUGGGUUGACAUUCGUGUACACAUGAAAUUAUAAUGUGGAGAUACAGUACAUGAAAAAACAGUGAGAAACCCUUGAGACAUUGACUUUUAGGUUUUAGUACAGGCAGCCUGGUCAGUGGAAGCACUGCUGAGUGUCAGGAAGGUGACCAACGUCCCUCUCACCACAGGUCCAGCUCCUUUCUAAAGACUUCGGCAAGCAUCUGCUGGAGGUGGACGACCUGCUGCAGAAACACAGCCUCCAGGAAGCUGACAUCACAGUGCAGGCAGAGAGGGUGCAGACCCUUAACACAGCCGCUCUCAAAUUCACCACCAUCGAAGGUAAGACAUCAGAUGGCUAUGUUCACAGAUCAUCUUCAGUGAGAAGUGGAAUGUGCCUUGAUAACAACUUGGUGAUUUUGAGGGAGGAAAUAUUUGGAUACGAUAGGAUUAGAAAUACUGACUAUUGCUGUUAUGUCUCCCAUGGUCCCGGAAAAAUGCACAGUUAAAAAAAAAAUGAAUGUUUUGUAUUAAGAGUGUGUAGGAGUAUAGUUUACUGUACAUUGAGUGGUGAAAAUGGUCAUGGCACUUCCAGAGAGACCCACAAGAGGGCAAGCAUGACUUUCCACAACUUAUCUUCUGAAGAUCCAUUUACAAUACAGAAGUUAUUAUUUUUAUUUUUUUUCAAUUUUGUGGAUAUUACCUAGUUAUUUUGUAAAACUUUAUGCCCAUUUUAUAUCAGUAAUAGUGUUUUGUUUACAUGCAAAGUUAAUUGAGUCUUUAGAUACAGUCCCCCAUAGACAUCUCUAAUAAAGACAUGUACAUUGAGUGCUGUCCCCUGUCCCCUUUCCCCUAUUCUCGCUCCUUCCCAGGCUACCAGCCCUGUGACCCCCAGGUGAUCUGCAACCGGGUCAACCACGUCAGCACCUGCCUGGAGGAGCUCAAGCAGCUGGCAGCCAAGCGGCGCUCGGAGCUGGAGGAGUCACAGCACCUCUGGGCCUUCUUCCAGGAGGUGGAGGAGUCCGAGGCCUGGAUCCGCGAGAAGAGCUCCAUCCUGGCCGCCCAGACCUGCGGCAAGGACCUGAGCAGCGUGCUGCGGCUGCUCCAGAAACACAAGACCCUGGCUGGGGAGCUGCUGGCCCGCCGCUCCCUCCUCCAGCAGACCAUGAAGAAGGGUAAGCAGAUCCUGAUGGAGAAGAGCUUCGGCACGGGGAGCAUCCAGGAGCGCAUCAUGGAGGUGAAAGGGGAGUGGAAGAGGCUGGAGGACCAGGCGGCGCAGAGACUGGGCCACCUGCAGGAGGCACUCAACUUCUUCCAGUUCAGCACGGAGACGGACGACCUGCUGGCCUGGCUGCAGGACGCCUACCGCCUAGUGUCCAGCGAGGACUUUGGCCACGACGAGUACUCCACCCAGUCGCUGCUCAAGAAGCACCGGGGUGUGCGCGAGGCCGUGGACAAGCACCGGCUGCAUGUAGUAACUCUACGCAAACACAUGGUGGCGCUGCCACUGCACUACCGGGAGCUGGACGAGGUGCAGUCGAGGAUGGGCGAGGCAGAGCAGCUGUACGCCGAGGUGGCCGAGGUGGCCGUUCUGAGGCAGCAGUGGCUGCACGACGCGCUGGCCGUCUACCUCAUGUUCAGCGAGGUUAACGCCUGCGAGGUGUGGAUCGACGAGAAGGAGCAGUGGCUCAAUAAGAUGGAGGUUCCAGAGAGGCUGGAGGACGUGGAGGUCAUAGCCCACAGGUACAGCUCCUGUCUGGGGUGGAGAUCAUAGGGAGAAUGCUAGAUUUAAGUCAUGCUUCUAGGUAUAAAGUUGGUCAUGCAUUUUUAGGGAAUCCGUUACUUGAACCCUCCCUCAUAAGGGCGACAUAACACUGUCAUAACAAUGACCAAGCAUAUGUCAUAACUAGCUGAUGGCCAUAUUGCAUUUAAAACACACAUUCUCUCUACUCUCAUGUCACACUCUCUGUAGGUUUGAGAGCCUGGACCAGGAGAUGAACAGCCUGAUGGGAAGGAUCCUGGACGUGAACCAGAUAGUGCAGCAGCUCCUGGACAGUGGUCACCCCAGCUCUACAGAGGUCAGAGGCUGUCAGGACCACCUCAACAGCAGGUAACCCACCCCACUGUUCUCUGACUGACCAACUCUGGGGUGUAUUCACUAGGAACCAAACAGAAGCAAAAGGCUAAAACAAGGAAGGACUAACCUGAACGUUACCAAUAAGAAUGUUUUGCUACAGUUUGCUAUGGUGUGCACUAAUGAAUGCACCCCAGGUCUACUCCACUACAAGACAUAACAUAGACAUACGGGUCUCUCUGUUUACCCACACAGCACCAAUAUGUGAUGAAAAUGUGACUUAUCUGCAUUGUGUAAUAACAUGGGAAUUCAUCAACACAGGUAAUUUAUUACAAAACUAAACACUACAUAGGCUGCAUUUAUACAGGCAGCCCUAUUCUGUAAAGAGCUGAUCUGAUUGGUCAAAAGACCAAUUAGUAAAAUAUAUAUACACUACCGUUCAAAAAGUUUGGGGUCACUUAGAAAUGUACUUGUUUUCCAUGAAAACAUACAUUAAAUUAGUUUGAAUAGGAAAUAUAGCAAAAUGCAUAGGAAAUGUAGUCAUUGACAAGGUUAGAAACAAUUAUUUUUAAUAUAAAUAAUAAUUGUGUCCUUCAAACUUUGCUUUCGUCAAAGAAUCCUCCAUUUGCAGCAAUUACAGCCUUGCAGACCUUUGGCAUUCUAGUUGUCAAUUUGUUGGAUUGGCUUGAUGGGCACUUCUUACGUACCAUACGGUCAAGCUGCUCCCACAACAGCUCAAUAGGGUUGAGAUCCGGUGACUGUGCUGGCCACUCCAUUAUAGACAGAAUACCAGCUGACUGCUUCUUCCCUAAAUAGAUAUUGCAUAGUUUGGAGCUGUGCUUUGAGUCAUUGUCCUGUUGUAGGAGGAAAUGGGCUCCAAUCAACACAAGGUAUGGCAUGGUGUUGCAAAAUGGAGUGAUAGCCUUCCUUCUUCAAGAUCCCGUUUACCCUGUACAAAUCUGCCACUUUACCACCAACAAAGCACCCCCAGACCAUCACAUUGCCUCCACCAUGCUUGACAGAUGGCAUCAAGCACUCCUCCAGCAUCUUUUCAUUUGGUCUGCGUCUCACAAAUGUUCUUCAUUGUGAUCCGAACACCUCAAACUUCGAUUCGUCUGUCCAUAACACUUUUUUCCAAUCUUCCUCUGUCCAGUGUCUUUUGCCCAUCUUAAUCUUUUAUUUUUAUUGACCAGUCUGAGAUAUGUAUUUUUCUUUGCAACUCUGCCUAGAAGGUCAGCAUCCCGGAGUCACCUCUUCACUGUUGACGUUGAGACUGGUUAGAGCCAGUUUGCGCUGUUCUGUGAAGGGAGUAGUACACAGCGUUGUACGAGAUCUUCAGUUUCUUGGCAAUUUCUCGCAAGGAAUAGCCUUCAUUUCUCAGAACAAGAAUAGACUGACGAGUUUCAGAAGAAAGUUAUUUGUUUCUGGCCAUUUUGAGCCUGUAAUCGAACCCACAAUUGCUGAUGCUCCAGAUACUCAAUUUGUCUCAAGAAGGCCAAUUUUAUUGCUUCUUUAAUCAGCACAACAGUUUUCAGCUGUGCUAACAUAAUUGGGUUUUCUAAUGAUCAAUUAGCCUUUUAAAAUUAUAAACUUGGAUUAGCAAACACAACGUGCCAUUGGAACACAGGACUGAUUGUUGCUGAUAAUGGGCUUCUGUACACCUAUGUAGAUAUUCCAUUAAAAAUCAGCCAUUUCCAGCUACAAUAGCCAUUUACAACAUUAACAAUGUCUACACUGUAUAUCUGAUCAAUUUGAUGUUAUUUUAAUGUACCAAAAACUUGCUUUUCUUUUGAAAACAAGGACAUUUCUAAGUGACCCCAAACUUUUUAAUGGUAGUGUAUAUAUCAGAAUUGGGAUGCCUGUGUAAACGCAGCCAUAGAAACACAUCUGUCAAUCCAUGUACAGCACAUGGUGCGUAGUGCAUUGAUGAUUUUUUUUUCAAAGUGGCCCAGUUACCUCAUUCUUAGCUCAUUUCCUGCCAUAUAAGGGAAGGGAGGAGGGUUGAUUAGAAUAAUCUGGUCCACUGUUCUGAUUUGGCCCAGAUCGGGAGCUACAGAAGCCAUGAUGAUCACAUGCAUGCUCCCUGCUGAUAGACCUGGAACCUAAUUGGACCAGAGACCCUAGUGACACCAUGGUGCCACAGGCAGACAGAUCUAAGGCCAGGGCCAGGGUAGUGGAUGAUGGUUUUGGUGAAAUGCUACUGUGGCCUAGUUCCUCCUGAUCUUGGCAUACAUAGCCUAUCUCAGGGUGACCAUCUGUGUCGACUGCCUGCCACACCGGGUGCAAGACCAACCUGCCCAAAAUGUGUUCUCUUUGGCUUUACUAUAUUCUCCCUCAGUCUCAAACUGUUUUAGUUAUGACGAAAUAUAGCAUUCAUGGAUAUUGUACAGCUCUAUUAUAUGGUUUAGGUAGACUUCGGCCUCUCUUCUUCAGGUUUGCUUAAUGUUUUGACCAUAUCUGGUCAAUGGUGCUACAUGAUAAUGCUACCCUUUGAAGCCUCUGGCUAUAGGGUUCUGGCAUGACGUCAUGUUGGAUAUGCUUCACUAAAUGAGUAUAAUUCAUGCCUGUUCUUUUGCAUGGGGACAAUAUUUGUUGGCCUGGAAACAGGCUAGACACAGCCUGUGUCAAGAAAAAGCCAAAACCCUUUGAGAUGCAAAUGACAACUAACACACUAAACCAAUGUCCCUUAUUAAUGUAUUCGAUCAAUUGCACUAUUGAUUCCAUUAUCUUGGGCUAAAUGAAAAUUGUAACAAUAUUUCAUACUUAGUGUAUGUUUUAGUAUACUGACUGAAUGAUAUGUGAAUUAUAAGCUUCAAACUGAUGCAGACUAACCCUGCCCCCCAUCCCCUCCCCUGUGCCCCUGUCUGCCCUCCCCUCCCCUCCCCUGUGCCCCUGUCUGACCCCCCAUCCCCACCCCUGUGCCCCUGUCUGACCCCCCAUCCCCACCCCUGUGCCCCUGUCUGACCCCCCAUCCCCACCCCUGUGCCCCUGUCUGCCCUCCCCUCCCCUCCCCUGUGCCCCUGUCUGACCCCCCAUCCCCACCCCUGUGCCCCUGUCUGACCCCCAUCCCCACCCCUGUGCCCCCUGUCUGACCCCCCAUCCCCACCCCUGUGCCCCUGUCUGACCCCCCAUCCCCUCCCCUGUGCCCCUGUCUGACCCCCCAUCCCCACCCCUGUGCCCCUGUCUGACCCCCCAUCCCACCCCUGUGCCCCUGUCUGACCCCCCAUCCCCACCCCUGUGCCCCUGUCUGAUCCCCCAUCCCCACCCCUGUGCCCCUGUCUGUCCCCUCCCCUGUGCCCCUGUCUGACCCCCCUUCCCCACCCCUGUGCCCCUGUUUGUCCCUUCUAGAUGGAACCGCAUCGUGGAGAUGGUGGAGCAGAAGAAGGACCACCUGGACUCUGUACUCCGUCUCCAGAACUACCUGCUGGAGUGUGCUGAGAUCAAGUCCCAGAUCCAGGAGAAGCGCAAGGCCAUCGACGCCACUCAGUACGUGGGCAGUGACCUGGGCGGGGUGCUGGCCCUGCAGCGCCGACUCUCUACCAUGGAGGGGGCCCUGGCUGUGCUGGAGCCCAAGCUGCUUCACCUGCAGCAGGAGGCAGAGGAGCUGGCCAUCUCACACCCGGCCAAAGCCAUGGAGGUCCUGGAGCCCUUCGAGGGCAUCAGUGUGGAGUGGGAGGAGCUGAAGCGCACGCUGCAGGGCUGCGAGGACUCUCUGAUGGUGGCGGGGCGGCUGCAGCAGUUCAUCCAGGACCUGGACUCCUUCCUGACGUGGCUGGUGCAGACGCAGACGGCGGCAGCUAGCGACGAGCUGCCCAACGCGCUGGAGGAGGCUGAGAGGCUGAUCAACCACCACGCGGCACUGAAGGAGGAGAUCGGGAGGUAUGAGGAGGACUACGAGCGGCUGCAGGCAGUCAACGAGCUGCUGGAGGCCGAGGAGGCUCCACUACCCUAUGCUGCGCUACAGCAGUGGCUCCAGAAGCUGGAUGUGGGCUGGAACAAGCUGCUGGAGAUGUGGGAGAGCCGGAGGGAGGUGCUGGUGCAGGCGCACAUCUUCCACCUCUUCCUGAGGGACGUCAAGCAGGCCGAGGCCUUCCUCAACAACCAGGUCAGUUAGCCUCUUGUUGGACAUCCCAACACCAAUAUAUCUAUUAGCAAUGUCUAGUAGUUAGGCCUACAUACUGUAUAUUAUGUGGUGAGAAAACACAAUGAGUCAAUUAAUCCCAAAUCAUCUUUAGCUAAUCUGUGUUAUUAGUCAGUAAUUCAUAUUAAACAUGAAUAGCUAAAGACGGUACAAUAUGACUUCUGACUGUACUAGAUAUGGAUGAUGUGGAAGCACAGUGCUAUUACAGUGAGGGUCAGUGCUAUUACAGUGAGGGUCAGUGCUAUUACAGUGAGGGUCAGUGCUAUUACAGUGAGGGUCAGUGCUAUUACAGUGAGGGUCAGUGCUAUUACAGUGAGGGUCAGUGCUAUUACAGUGAGGGUCAGUGCUAUUACAGUGAGGGUCAGUGCUAUUACAGUGAGUGGCCAGCGUUCUAUUUGCUGCUAUGCUGCCAGGGAAAACCCCAGGCCUGCACUCUUAGAAAAAAGGUGGUAUCUAGAACCUAAAUGGGUUCUUCGGCUGUCCCCAUAGGAGAACCCUUUGAAUAAUCAUUUUUGGUUCCACGUAGAACCCUUUUGAGUUCCAUGGAGAACCCUUCUACAUGGAACCCAAAAGAGUUCUACCUAGAACCAAAAAGGGUGUGGAAAGGGCAUUGUGGAAAUUAUCAGAGGGUUGCUUUAACAGUUAAACACAGCACAGCAUAUGCCUGUGAUCCCUAGCCUAGAUGUAGAAUUCAUAGGUGGCUCUAUAGCAGGAAAUCCAAGCAAGAUGUGCUAUUGGAUAUGACAGCACCACCAAUGACCAAUCGUAGACCUGCAACAUUGCAGACCUGCAGCAAAACGAAUAACUACCUGCUUGCACACUAUUAUGAUGAAGGCAAAGCUUUGUCAAUUUGGUCGUCACUGUGCGUAUUAGGGCUCACAUGCUUGAGUGUCUGUAUGUGGGUGUUUAUACAGUACAAUGCAUUAGGUUAAAAUGUCAACACAUAGUUAAUUUAACAUUUUUGGCACAUUGUUUUGCUUUUAUAUUCAUGUACAGUAUAUCUUCCUUUAUUGUGUCAUGUGUACGAGUAUGUACAGUAUAAUGGUCUAUCUAUAGGUUAUGCUAUGCAUGAUGGAAUAUAUACACAACUUUAUACAGUGCACUCCAUUGCAGGGUCUUUGCAUGCUCUAUUCCAGUUGAAAUGUCAAAAGGCAUGCAUUUCCCCCGACUUCUCUGUCUGUGUGUCAGAGCAUGUCUGUUCUGGUUUGCUAACAGACCUUUACCACAGACCCAGUUCUCCCUUAGACCCUACGGGCACAAAGGCCAACGGAUUUCUUUUUGAAUAACUGUCAAACAGGGUGCCAUGACUUGUUUUUGGUCUUUCACCCAAGUUUCUCUCAACCAGUGUAACGUGUAUCUGACCAGACAUGUAGGAAUGUACUUACACUAUCGCUUUACUUCAUGUGUAAUUGUGUUGAACACAACAAUUCAGCAGUCACAAUUCAGACAUCUUGGUAGAGCUUUGUUGUAUGAAAUUGAACCUGAGAGGGCUGCUAUUUUCAUGCCAUCCAUUGAUCAGGAAAACAUUUUAGUGUUCCUUGCCAAUAAUGACUGAAACCUGACCUCAUUAUAGUCCUUAGAGAUCAGUAUAUUUAUCACUCAGCAAAAUAGAAUCUGCACCUUUUGCAUGUACUAAAUAUGCUAAUGUAGUUAUUGGUAAAAUGCCAUGAGAUGAUACCCAUGUCUGUGAGCAAGGUUUUCCCCACAUACUACACAAGAGCUUACCACAGUAAUAUUCCCAUUUUCUCUUUCAGUUUUCAUUCUAUUCCCUCUACUCUCUUGUACAUUUAUAAACUCUUCACUGACGUGUGGUUCUGACUCUGUCUAUUCUCCCUGACCCCUCCAGGAGUCAGCCUUGGCUCACGUUGAGCUCCCCACCACGGUGGAGACGGUGGAGGCUGCCAUCAAGAAGCACAAGGACUUUACCACCACCAUGGAGCUCAACCUGCAUCGCAUCAAGGCUGUCAUCGAGGCCGGAGAGAGCCUCAUAAGCCAGAGCAACAUCUACUCUAACCGCAUCAAGGAACGUGUGGACACCCUCGCUAACAGGUGGGUGGCGACAUAGGAUUGUUCUAGUCUGACCAUGCCACUGUAUAUCAAAGCCAUUUACAAUCUUUCUUAAACAUCUCUGACUAUGAAUAGAAGAGGCAUGAAAAUGAAAUGUGAGGCUAGUCCGACCCAUAUAGCAGCAUGACUGAAUAAUCAUCUGUCCUUAUUUAUACAAGGGAGGGUGCUGUGGUCAAGUCUGAAACACAUGAGGUAUAGGUAGAUGUGUCACUUGUCACUUAGCAGAGGCACAAUACCAUAUAUGAAUGCAAUAUGGAUAUUGAAAUAUAAAAUGUUAUAUUAUAGUGAUAAUGAACUGGUCUUGGUAGCAGCUGGGCUUCACAAACACAAUGGUACACAGAGGAGACAAAGCAUAAGCAACUGAAAAGAAACUCCCCUUGUUGAUACUUGCCUUAACAGCAGAGCAUAAAAUUCAUACUGAUUGGUGAGGCAAGGAGGGGCCUAGUUACCCUAUGUUCAAUUCUCCACCCCAACAAUAGAAUGGGGUGACCACAUGUUAGGGAGAUAUUUAGAUGAGACCGUUGGCCGACUCAUGUCUUUAUAAUGGAUUCACUGUUGUUCACUGUUGUUCGGUGUGCUGCACCAAAUCCAUCUACAUAAUAGAGUUACAGUUGCAUAUACCAGUAGAGUGAUUGAUGCACUGUGUGAAUGAAUCGAGCAGUGUGUCAAUGAAUGGCUCUAUGUUUCUCUCUUCCACAGAGGCAACCAGAACCGGGAGCUGGCCCAACAGUGGCUGGAAAGGCUCAACGGCCAGUGGGGGCUCCAGAGGUUACUACAGGACUGCCACGAGGUAGGACACAACAUGAAUAGUGUUGGGGGUUAGGGUUAGGGUUAGGGUUAGGGUUAGGGUUAGGGUUAGGGUUAGGGUUAGGUAGGACACAACAUGAAUAGUGUUGUCAUAACCAACACUGGCAUAUCAAUGGAAUAACCAAUGGGAGGAAGUAGGGAUUAAAAAAAGGGCUUGGGUUCAGAGCUGUACUGUACUGUACAUGGACUCUGCUUGGGACCACAGGGGGUCAGGCUUAAACCUCCAGAUGGAUAUCGUGUUGCUGGAUCCUUCAGUGAUAUACAAAAACUCUGCUUACCUGAAAUUGAAUGACAUCUGGAAGACAUGUGGUGGGGUCUAUUGCUUCCUCAAUCUUUAUAUCAGGGAUGACAACAUUUUCUUUUCUAUGUAAGUUGAAGGAUUUGAGCCAGCCGGCUGCUGUGUUAGAUGCUUAACUUGGGGAUGUGAGUGACAGACUAACUUGACUCAUCUGAGGUUUUGAUGUGAUUAGAUGUUGUUGACCUGCUGGAUCUUUCUGACUGCACAGUCAACUUCUGGCAAACCCCUUCAGAGAGGCGGACUGCCCACCCGGCCCCUCCCCUGUUGGGUUUGGUUGGCGCGGUCGCAGUCCGCGCCUUUGGGGGGGGGGGGGGGGGGGUACUGUCACGCCCUGGCUCUGGGGACUCUUAUAUGUUGAGCCAGGGUGUGGAUUUUCUAUGUGUGAUUUUCUAUGUUGUUUUUCUAGUUCGUGUUUUCUAUGUUGGCCAGGGUGGUUCCCAAUCAGAGGCAGCUGAUUCUCGUUGUCUCUGAUUGGGAACCAUACUUAGGCAGCCUGUUGGCACUAGUUAUUUGUGGGAUCUUGUUCUGUAUAGGUUUGUUUUGGUGUAGAACCUUUAGACUUCACGUAUCGUUUUGUUGUGGAUGUAAAGUACUCAUUAAAAGAUGUACGCCUAUCACGCUGCGCCUUGGUCCGGUUCUUACAACGAUCGUGACACUUAACCAACAUUGCAGUUUUAAGAAAGAAUACAAAAAAAAUCACACAAAAAUACAAUAUAAAAUAAUUUGAAAUAAAAGUAACAAAUAAUUAAAGAGCAGCAGUAACAAUAACAAUAGCGAGGCUAUAUACAGGGGGUACCGGUACCGAGUCAAUGUGCUGGGGCACCGGUUAGUCGAGGUAAUUGAGGUAAUAUGUACAUGUAAGUAGAGUUAUUAAAAUGACUAUGCAUACAUAAUAAACAGAGAGUAGCAGCAGCGUAAAAGGGGGGAGGGGGAGGGGAGGGGUGGGGGGGGCAAUGCAAAUAGUCUGGGUAGCCAUUUGAUUAGAUGUUCAGGAGUCUUAUGGCAUGGGGGUAGAAGCUGUUUAGAAGCCUCUUGGACCUAGACUUGGUGCUCCAGUACCGCUUGCCAUGCGGUAGCAGAGAGAACAGUCUACGACUAGGGUGGCUGGAGUCUUUUACAACUUUUAGGGCCUUCCUCUGACACCGCCUGGUAUAGAGGUCCUGGAUGGCAGGAAACUUGGGCCCAGUGAUGUACUGGGCCGUACGCACUACCCUCUGUAGUGCCUUGCGGUCGGAGGCCGAGCAAUUGCCAUACCAGGCAGUGAUGCAACCAGUCAGGAUGCUCUCGAUGAUGCAGCUGUAGAACCUUUUGAGGAUCUGAGGACCCAUGCCACAUUUUUUCAGUCUCCUUAGGGUGAAUAGGUUUUGUCGUGCCCUCUUCAAGUCUGUCUUGGUGUGCUUGGACCAUGUUAGUUUGUUGGUGAUGUGGACACUAAGGAACAUGAAGCUCUCAACCUGCUCCACUACAGCCCCGUCCAUGAGAAUGGGGGCGUGCUCGGUCCUCUUCUUUUUCCUGUAGUCCACAAUCAUCUCCUUUGUCUUGAUCACGUUGAGGGAGAGGUUGUUGUUCUGGCACCACACGGCCAGGUCUCUGACCUCCUCCCUAUAGGCUGUCUCGUCGUUGUCGGUGAUCAGGCCUACCACUGUUGCAUCAUCGGCAAACUUAAUGAUGGUGUUGGAGUUGUGCCUGGCCUUGCAGUCAUGAGUGAACAGGGUAAGAUGGAGCCAUGAGGAGGAGGAGGCCUGGUCACCCAUUGAUCUGACCUGACUGUGGACUGGAGGCAGAGGCUCAUCAUCUCUAAUAGCAAUGAUACACUGGAAUCCAUUUGAUGAGCGCCAUUCCUAUAUUUCCCGUAAGCUGCUGCCUCCCAGUCUCCACGUGGCCCCAAUUAAUUUGGAGUCCCAGGGGGGCUAUCUGCCUGUUACCCCCACUGAUCUCUCUGGUCAGGAGGGCAGCACCCAGGGGUGGUCCCUGCCGCCAGAGAGUAGGAUGCCGAGAGGUUGAGGAGAAAAGCGGAGUUGGAGAAGAAUAUGCCAUGGACCCUUUAAACGAAAGCAGAGCAGUUAAUCUAUCAAACCACAAAGAAAUAAUCCCUCCCUCCCGCCGUAUUUCUCUGUCCCAUUAUCUCACCCCCUCCGCUCAGUGAUGUAAUUUCAAGUGCAGAGCAUUCUCCCUGGUGACGCCUCACAACAUUGUAGGAACUCUCUCUCUCUCUCUGCAGCUCGCCCACUCCCCCUUCCCUCCUCUCGCCCCUCCUCUCUCUCGCUGGCUCUCCCUCGCUGGCUCGAUCCAGUGCAAGCUUUCUAUUACUUCGCUCUGCUCAGCCACUGCAGCAGCAGCAGCAGGGUCGGGGAAACUGGGGCUAGUUACAGCCCGGAAUACAGCCGCGUGCAGCUGGAGGAGGCAAGGACUGCAGCAGAGGGAAAAACCGAGAGAGAGAGAGAGAGAGAGAGAGAGAGAGAGAGAGAGAGAGAGAGAGAGAGAGAGAGAGAGAGAGAGAGAGAGAGAGAGAGAGAGAGAGAGAGAGAGAGAGAGAGCAAAAGGAAAAGGGGUGGGGGUUGGGACUGGAGAAGAAAGACAAUAAGAAUGUUAUAGAGGAGUCGUGAGGUGCUCUGAAGAGAGACGAGCGUGUCUGGAUUUCUUUGGAGGAGCCAGAGGAGCAGAAUCUCUCCCCUCCAUCCUCCCUCCUCAACACUAUCAAACGCCAGCCCCCUCUUCCCACAUCCCAUUCCUCCCUCCUCCCUCCCUCUCCUCACAGCAUCACUAACCACAACCACUGAGCCUCCAGGCCAUCGCUGAUGUUUCCAAAUCCAAGGCCGUCCUCCACCAGCCUGCUCGCUGUAGGUGGGGGUUGAAAGAGGGGAAGAGGGGAGGGUUCAUGGGGAGGGGCAAACCUGCUCCUGGAGCCUGCCAUUUUAUUGUUUUGGGGAGAUCUCUCUCUCUCUCGUCACUGGUCCGUCUCCUUUUUGUCUAUCUCCCUCUCUCUGGAUUGAACAUACCAGCCACAGCAACGCACCACGGCAACACAGCAGCAGAGAGGCUAGUGCAGCCUCAGCCUCAUUUUAUAUCCGUUUUUUGGGGGGAGGAGCAGCUUUGCCUUGCUGCUUGUUUGUUUUAAUUCCUGCAGCAUCUCUAUCUGACUGUGGAGGAUUUGUGCUUUAUUUAUACCUGGAUGGGCAGGUCGAGGAUGUGGAUACAUACGGCCACCCAUCACAACCCUAUGGGCCGUUCCUGUUAAACGCUGCCUGCCGGUAAAUGGAACCAAUUUCUCGUUAGAUGUCAGGGGAGUAGCAGUCGAGGACAGGAGAGUCCAGAGGAUGGGGGUGGAGAUAUGUGGGUGGCAGGCAGGAGAUAGAAAGAUAUUAUUCUUUUUAUAUUGCUUGUGCUGAUGGUGUUGAAUGAGCAGGGAUAUUUGCAAGUCAUUUUGUAUGUUUGGCCUUAAAUGUAGUAGUCAGCUUGCUUUUAUACCUAAUGUGCCAGUGGAUUAUGUGCUUGUGUUGAGGUGUGCUUGUGCGUGUUCUUUGUACAUGUGAAUGAAUUCCUGUUACCAUUGUGUAUGCUUGUGUGUACAACACGUGUUUACAUACAUGUGUCUUCUGUAUGUGUUUAAUAUGCAUGUGCUUGACCUUGUGUGCGUCUCUGUGUUCAUGUGUUUGGAUGAUUGCUUUUCUAUUAUUUUCUAUGGGUGUUUAUUUUUGACCAAUUGUUUGCAUUUAUCUUUUAGUUUUUCACAUGACUAUGGUCAUAUGUUCAGCCUGAAUACGUCUCUGUGUGUGCUUGUACAGGUAUUGUGUAUGUGUGUGUGUGUACGUGUGUGUGUACAGACACGUGCCUGCAUAUGUGUGUGUGUGUGUAUCUAUGUAUGUAGGCAUAUAUCCUACUCUGCAUACAUCUGUUAGUAGCCUUCAUUGACCACCUAGAUGACAGUACAAAUGCAUUGAGUGGCAAGAUCAUCCUGUACUGACAGCUCUGUCCCUUGUCCCUCAGCUUGGAGACUGGGUGGCAGAGAAGAUGCUCAUGGCUCGUGACACGUCCCGCGAUGAGACGCAGAAGCUGCACAAGAAGUGGCUGAAGCACCAGGCCUUCAUGGCCGAGCUGGCCCAGAACAAGGAGUGGCUGGAGAAGAUUGAGAGGGUGAGUACAGUAGAGUACAGUACCACUGGGGCUCUACACAGAAUCAUGGGGUGGGUAUCUACCAUGGGCUGAUGCUCAGGAAUGGGGAAGGGGAGGACUGA